CCGAGGCGAAGGCAGAGCUGGCUGGCGCUCUCGGAGGAGGAGGAGGAGGAAGGCGGCGGGGAGCUGGGCCAGAGCGGGCCGAGCGCCUCGGCGGGAAUUUGCCCUCAGGAGCCCGCCCAGCAGCACCGGCGCCAUGGACGAGGAAGGCGGCGGGAGCGUGCCUGAUGACCUUUCUGCAGAGGAGAGAGAAGAGCUGUUGAAUAUUCGCCGCAGAAAAAAGGAAUUAAUCGAUGAUAUCGAGAGGUUAAAAUCUGAAAUAGCUGAGGUUAUGACGGAAAUCGAUAACUUGACGAGCGUAGAGGAAUGCAAAACUACACAGAGGAACAAGCAAGUAGCUAUGGGGAGAAAGAAGUUCAACAUGGAUCCAAAGAAGGGAAUCCAGUUCCUCAUAGAAAAUGACCUCUUGCAGAACACGCCAGAAGAUAUUGCACAAUUCCUUUAUAAAGGGGAAGGACUAAAUAAAACUGUCAUUGGAGAUUAUCUCGGCGAAAGGGAUGACUUUAAUAUUAAAGUACUUCAGGCUUUUGUUGAACUCCAUGAGUUUGCUGAUCUCAAUCUUGUACAAGCCUUAAGGCAGUUCCUGUGGAGUUUCCGGCUUCCAGGAGAGGCACAAAAGAUUGAUCGUAUGAUGGAAGCUUUUGCUUCGCGUUAUUGCCUUUGUAACCCCGGAGUCUUUCAGUCUACAGAUACAUGCUACGUGCUAUCUUUUGCUAUCAUCAUGUUAAACACUAGCCUACACAACCACAACGUGAGAGACAAGCCAACAGUGGAGCGGUUUAUAUCUAUGAACCGUGGCAUUAAUGAGGGCGGUGACCUCCCAGAAGAAUUGCUGCGGAACCUGUACGAAAGCAUUAAAAACGAGCCCUUUAAAAUCCCAGAGGAUGAUGGGAACGACCUAACCCAUACGUUUUUUAACCCAGACCGAGAAGGUUGGCUGCUGAAACUAGGGGGAAGAGUAAAAACGUGGAAAAGGAGAUGGUUUAUACUGACAGAUAACUGCCUGUAUUAUUUUGAAUACACAACAGACAAAGAACCCAGGGGAAUUAUCCCUUUGGAAAACCUCAGCAUAAGAGAAGUUGAGGAUCCAAGAAAACCAAACUGUUUUGAGCUCUACAACCCCAGCCACAAGGGCCAAGUCAUUAAGGCCUGCAAAACAGAAGCGGACGGCAGGGUGGUCGAAGGCAACCACGUGGUUUACAGGAUCUCUGCUCCCACCCCUGAAGAAAAAGAGGAGUGGAUCAAGUCCAUCAAAGCGAGCAUCAGCAGGGAUCCCUUCUACGACAUGUUGGCAACCCGGAAGAGAAGGAUCGCUAACAAAAAAUAGCACCGGGGGACGACUCCCCGAGGGCCUGCUGUCAACACAUAUGUCAACAAAACCCAGACCCGUAUUGGAAGUGCAGUCAACGGUCCCGCCGCAUCUUCUGCCUUUUCUCCGGCCGUUCGUUAUGUUCCACAAAGUGCUGGGAGAUGCUUUUGACUUUGCUCGGAAUGAACUGGAGACAAAAACAAACCAACCCUGGAAGCCUUAUACGCAGUUCUGCGCGUUGCAAUGUUUACUGAAUCGGGAGAUAUGGGGAGACAGACGAAAUGUAAGCCGUACCUCCCCUGCUCCUCCUUUGGGGCCUUUGCCCGGGAUGGGGACUCGUUGCCAAACCGAACAUUCAUGGCUAGCAAAUUGCCCGGUGGGCCCUUUCCUGUAUGCAAAAUAGUUUUGUUCUCAACCUUUGCAAUGCAGAGGAGUUCAAACCUUGCUUAUUUUGUACUCAGCCUUUACCCUUUUACGCUGCCAUUUAAGCCCCACGGAUGCACAGAAGUAUGAUGUUUCUUGAGAUAAGCACUGAAAAUAUGGAGCUGUCUAUGCCUGAAACGGUGACAAGCAGGGCCUUCAGCAGUAUCGAUGUAGCAUACCUUUCUUUUUAGAUACCGUGACAGUGUGCCGCUUUCCUUCUCCACAGGUUAGAGACCUAGUCUUUCCUACUUUGGUCCAGUCUUGUUUUUACGGAAAUGUAUCUUGCAGUCUGAUAAUGACUGUCAAGAAGACAGUUAGGCAGUCCACUUACUAAAAUUUCCCAGGCAGACUGGUAUACAGGGCCCAAACAUUCUUCAAAAUGCUCAGCUUUAACUGUUCUUCUUAUUGAUUGCCAUGCAAAGAAGAGGAAAUAAGCAAGAUUUUGUCUUUUUAUUUCUGUCUGUUCUAUGUAAGGUUAUUAUUUUGUUGAGAGAGCCAGAAGAGUGUGGCCGGGAAUAGAAAUGCAGGUUUUCUUUGAGUGCCAUUUUGCAGUGCUGAGCUUUAAGUCUGGCAUAAUGAAAAGGAGGGGAAAUAGGACAGCUAGAAGUGGAGGGCUUCCUUGUCCCUCUCCCACUGAAAUGCAAGCAGCAGCCUCCAGAGCUGUGGCAUAGCGACCCACGUGUGGCCUUUUCCGUUGAAGACUUUUUUUCUUAGUGCUUGUCCAGAAACUAGGAUGGCGCUCACUGGGAUGGAACAGAAAACAUGAUGGGCACAAUAUCAGGAAUGAUUAAAAAAUGCAGAAUGCUAAAAAGCUUGACUGUGCUGCUAAGCGAGGUCCAGCUCAAGGGAUGAUUUGGUGUCUGCUCUGGGGAUCUACAGGACUCCUGGCAUUUUCAGCAAACGAUUCUCAGGACUCCGUGAGAUAGAUUUGAAGCAGCUGCAGUUGGAGAGGACCAGUCUGAAGGGGGACUCUUGGUCAAAUUCAGCCUAAAGUGGAGCUUUAUAUCUCUCCCCAUGGUUCCUGCAUCCCCUUAAAAAAAAUAAUCGGUUCUAUUUUGGUGUGCAUUUGUAAGAAUGAAGGAAAAAGCCUUAAGACUUUGUGUUCUAUUUCCCCGCAAAACUUCAUAUAUUCCUGUACUGUUUUGUGCAACAGAAUCGCUGUACAGUGUUCUGGCGAGUCAUGAUUGGCCUCUGGAGGUGAUUGGCUCCUCCAACGGCAGCCGUUCUUGCAGGGCUGCAGACUGGUGUCUUUGUGUUGGGGGGAGGGUAGUUUACACAAGAACGCAUGUAGGGAUUGCCAGUGUUCUGAGUGGGGUGGGGGGUGGGGAAGACAACAAUGGAAUCAGGGAUCACGUGCACAUCCUAGAAUACAAAUAGCAUAGUGGUUGUGAUGACCGCUCUUCUUAAGAGGAGUUAAUGCUUUUUUUUUUUAAUUGCUUUAGAAGUGUAAGAAUGUUUGCAGAAUUCCUGAAACAUUGACAGUAAAUGUGAGGUUCUGCUGUGUAUAAUUCAGGGAGACUUGCCUGCUUUUGCAAUGCAAUUUAGAGUCUGUUCUUCGUCGUGCUUCUAGGCCUGGGAGUAUGCUGAUGUAUUUCUUUUUUUUGCGCUCUUUUUGGGCUCUUUUUUUGUCACCUGUGUGAAUCAAGUGGAGGGAGGGCUGCAUCGCUGCUGGUGCAGAACCCGCAGAGCAUCAUACCAUGCAUGCUCCAGUUCACAUAAGCUGCACGUUGUCAAACGCAGAGGCUGUUCCCAGCAUCUUGGCAGGCUGAAGCUGUGCCUAGAAUGGGCAGCAGUGGUAUGAAGUUUUGGUUUGGCCACCCUCAUAUGGUGGGGAGGGGAGGGUUGCAUCAAUUACCCUGUCAAAGAAGGUGGAGUCGCCUCCCCUUGGUGAGCGGCAUCCUUCCCAGAGUUGUAGGUUUGUGGGUUGCCGCUGUUUGUUAGGUAUUAUUAGCAGGGACAUCAGCCAUAAGGGCCGACUCUUUCUUUUCCCAAAAAAGCAAAACUAGACAAUUUGUAGGAACAAUAUGGCACGUGAAAGUUGUGGCUAUCCAAGGUACUGUCUCUUCUUUUCUUGAGAUGAUGUAAGAGCUGCCCACCCCCUUCAGCUUCUUUUUUUUGUUCUCAAGGAGCUGUGCUUUCCAAAACUGUGUCAGCUUAUUAACUCUCACUCAUACAGGCGGGGCUGCCUUGGCCCCAGGCCGGUGGUGUGGGGGGGGGGGCAGCUCCCCCUGUACUAUUCCUCUUCUUUUGACUGUUCCCCGUAAAGAGGAUCUUCAGUGAGGUAAAAAGAAGUUCACCUACCUCUCUGCUCUGACGGAGGCAUUCCAGGAGUGCCGUCUUUAAUUAUAGUUUUUUAAAAGCCAACAUUCUUUGCUGUCCCUCCCAGCAAGAACAGUGCUGAAGUGAAUCCUUCCAGGUUUCCUGUUUUCUGCCUUGGUUGCCUUUUGCCCCGUGCUCGAGGACUCCGGCUCAAGGAGGGAAAGAGAAGCAACAGCACUUUAAGCUCAGCUGGCCUGAUGGGUGCUGAGCCUAAGAGACUCGAGAGGGAGAGAGUUGUGUUUGUCGCUUAACUUUUGCGUGGCUUUGAAGUGUGUGGUACAGAAUUAAAUCUUUAUGAAUGGAGUAGUGUUUCUGAUGCUUUACAUUAAAAGAACUAUGCCUAUUUUAGUACAUAUCUUGGUACAUUUGCUUGGCUGGAUGGAAGGUAGGUCUCUUAGAUCCGGGGCAGACAUAGCAGAGGCUCCCUAACAGAGCUAGCCUCAGGCAUCCACGUGUCCCACCAACUGAGAGGCACACUGAUGCUAACUGUGGAUAAGGCCGGGGAGGGAAUGGGUGCCUGUGUGUGUUCCCCAAGGCUAUUUCCGGCACUGCAGGAAGCUCCUGUUGUGUCUUCUCCAGCCCAUCUAGGCCGGCUGCUGCAAGCUACCUUGUAGCUUAUCAUUUUCCUUUUCUAUAUAUUUUCUUGGAGAAUGUUUCUAUUGACAGUUAAGGUGAAAGUGUACAUACUGUACAGCUGUAUAUUGUUUUUUGUUUGUUACCUUGUGUAAGCCAGUGGAUUGCAUGAAAAAAAAAAUUCCUGUAUUCAUCCUUGCUAUACAAGUUUGUGAAAUCGCUGUUUAAAUCCAGUUAUAAGUAUUAGUUAUCAAGAUACACUGCUUGAGGUG